AUUCGCAACGAAAGAAGCGUCAGCGUUACGUCGUGGCGCCGCGUUCUCCUGCUACUGAUCCAGUGGUGCGGUUUUGGACGCGCGACGCGCCGGGUGCUUUUGUUUCAUUAUUUUAAUAAGCGGUUUUGGAAUCCGAGCGACAAUAAUACGGGAGAUAAACAGAUAAAACUUGUAUAGAAGAGGAGGCUUAUAAGGAACGAGGUGUGCAACACCUCAACAGUUUUAUUAAGCGUGGCAGUGGUCGUAGAAUGCGGUCUUUAGAGAUGACUGCAACGUGGCAAGAGGAAGAGGAGGACGUGGAGGUGGAGGAAAUGGAACUUAGAAAACACAACAUCAACGGAAGGGACGAUCUCACCGAGUCGAGCAGUGACGAAGCCAUCAGUCGAAAACGGCGGAAACACGGAGGAAGUGCGUCCAGUGGUAGCGCCUCCAGCGGCGUCACGAUUCGACGGCGGAAGACAUGCAUAAGUGCAAGAGAGAGAAACUUAAGAAGACUGGAAAGCAACGAGAGAGAGAGAAUGAGGAUGCACUCGUUAAAUGAUGCAUUCGAGCAACUUAGAGAAGUAAUACCCCAUAUAAAAAUGGAACGUAAACUAUCCAAAAUAGAAACUUUAACAUUAGCAAAAAAUUACAUAAUGGCAUUAACGAAUGUCAUAUGUGAAAUGAGAGGAGAAGAGAAACAUUAUACAUUCCAAGAUGUUGUUGAAAGUGAUGAAAACGUAGAAUUAGAUGCAAAUGAAGAAACAACAACAACACGAGAGCAAAAUAACAACAGCAUGUUUCAGCAGAACUUAGAGUCUCAUCCGGAAAAUCCGAUGGUGAAUUCGCGUUAACUGCUCAAAAAUUGGCCGGAAAAUCGUUUUAUUUUAUUUUCCCAGUCACUAUGUCACAUUCCAUUAGUUGUAGUUGGAUAUUCGUCGCUUUGCCCAAAUCGUGAACGGACCAAGAAGAUGUACAAAUGAGGCUUAGAAGAAUUUUUAAUUAGAAGAGACGGAAAUUUGAAUCAGUUUUGUGCAAGUGUGGAUUGUGCAAAACGUUGACUAAAUGAAUUAAUUUUAAUGACUAAAUAUAUUGUAUAAAUAUCAUAUAUUUAUAAAUAUAGAGAAUUAACAGAAAUUACUCGGAGAAUUUUAUAAUUGCAACAGGGUACAAUUAUAUCGAAUAUUAUCAAAAGGAAACAAUAUUAUUUCACUGCGUGUGUUGUUGCAAAAUGAUUAUAAACUACUUGCAGUGUGCCAAAUGUUUUGCACCAGCAUACAAAUAUAACAAUUCGCCAACAAUUCUCCGAGUGGUUUUGCAAAUAUAAAUGUGCAUAUCCCUAAAGCCUUUUUUAUGGCUAUGUGUGUCUGAUUUAUUUUUGUUGAUAAAGCCAAUUGUGAUUUUUUGUGCUUCCGUUUGUUUCAUUCCGUGUGAACUAGUGUACAUAAUAUUGAGGACUAUAUGAAGAAAUUUAUUUUUACUAUUGUAUUGAAUUUUGAAAAGGUUGUAUAAAUUAUUUUAGUGUUAGAUUUUAAGUUGAUGGAGAUUAUAACUUUUGUUGCUGGAGACCUCGAGUCAAUUUCGACAACAAUGAAAUUCGAUUUAGUUUUUGUAUCGGAAUUGUGCAGUUCUCCGUAGAUUUAUUGGCCGUAGUAGCAAAAUAAUUGACCGAUUGUUCGGGUAUGUUCGAAUUUAAAUUUCCACUACAUUGUACCUGUUUUUUAAAUAUAUUUUUAAACAUACCAUCUUUUUAUCAACUCUGAAAAAAUACGGCGGUUCAUUAUUUUGCCAGUACGACUGAGCUUUAGCUAUUAAAAUGUUGUCUUAAAUGAAAGUUACCUUUGUGGGGUAUCUUAAAAAAUACUCUCUAUUACUAUGCUCAAGACGGACUUACAGAUUCAAUUAAGAAAUUUUCUUUUUUGUGUGAAACAGAAAGAAAAUUUUUUACUUAAAUUCAAAUCAAUUGAUGCAUGAUGUUCCAAACGCAAAAUGUGAUAUCGUAGAAAAAACUUGGCACAAGUUUUUUUUAGUUUAAAAAAGUAUAAGUAUAUAAUAUAUAUUUUAUGAAAUGUAUUAAGUGUAUUCUUGUAAAGAUAUAUUAUAAUGAAUCAAUAUACAUAUUAUGAAAAUCAGAUAUAUAAAAGCAAGUGUAAAUUAAAAAUAAACAAGUUAUAUCGGUGUAUAUUAA